AGUUCAGGCAGUUGUUUCAGGCUGCACGAGCUGGAGCUGCAGAGGGCUCUGUGGGAGGAGAGACAGGAGAAGGUGGCAGAGCAGCGGAGGGGCCGAGAGAAGGAGCUGGAGUUGGAGCAGAGGCAGUGGAGGACGACCCAAAUCAAAACCCAGACCCAGACCCAGACCCAGACCCACGCUCCGGAAGCCAAGAAAGCAGACGUGGUGAACUGGUGGACGGCCCUCAGGGCUAAGACCAAGGUCCAGCCCAGCCAGGCCCUGUCCGAGACACAGGCCAAGCUCCAGCAGGCCGAGCACACCAUCAGGCAGAUGAGAGAGCAGGUCUGCCACCUGGAGGACACGCUGAGAACCAGCAGAGAGGGCGUCACGGGGCACAAACCUCCUCAAGACCAGGUGGGAGUUCUACUCCGAGACCAGGAAACCAACACGGAGACGAAGGGACCCGGCUGGGCUGGGGAGACGGUCGAGAAGGAGCGCAGGGACGCAGGCGUGACUACAGACCCUCUGGAGGAGCUGGGUAGCCCAGCCGCCCGGGAGAGAGAAGCGCAAGGCCACCGUGUGACGGCAGAGGAGCUUCUGGAGAGCCUGAGGAGGAUGGAGGCCAUGGUGAGGGGAGCCCUGGAGACGGCCGAACUGGUCAGAGAGGGUCAGCAGAGGGUCAGCCUGGUGAAGGAGAGGAUGGACAACAUCAGCCAGAGAGUGGAGGAGGCUUUGACCAGGGCAGUGGACACAGACUUCCAGCUCAGUGUGCUGGAAGACAGGGUCACCCACCAACCUGAGGCUCCAUGUCUCAGAGGAACACCUGAUCUGGGGUCAGCUGGUACUGGAUGUUCCCCACAGACUAAGGCUGCAGGCAGGAAUCCCUCUCCACCCACACCUCCACAGCAACAUGGUGGUGUUUGCGGAAAAGCGGAAGAUAGCCGGGACACCAGCCAGACUCGGAGCUGUGAGGCACCAGAGACGCCCUGCCCUGGUGAGAAGUCAUCUAGCCCAGGCCAGAGUUCUGACCCAGACCUUGGACCGGGCAGCUGCAGAAGUGGUGUUGGGACUGGGUCAGCGUCUCGAGGUUCCGUCCCUGUGCCAGAGGAGACCUCCCCCUCGGUAGUGACACAGCCACAGUUCAGCCUCAAGCCCACGUGCGCAUCACCUCUUCCCAUCCCACCGGAAACAGACCCUCAACCCGUUUGCCCCAGUUCCACCGAGGAGAAUGUAGCAGGUGACUACAGCCAAUCAGAGGCGGUGGAUUGCGAGCGUGGCGAAUCAUCUUCACCCGAUGACUGUGGGAGGAGUCCGUUAGCAGAAGCAGACCCCAGUGGGAAGGACCAAUUAGCAAGCCAAGUAGAAAGUGGGAGGGACCAGACCUUUGAUCCAGACUAUUGUAGGAGGAGCAACACUCCAGAGCCAUCCAGCUGUGCAUCUUCUGAGGAAGCCGAGGACCAGCUAUCGUCGCAGUGUCCUGCAGCGGCAAACGCCAACCCAAGCAGCCAGGAGGCCCCUGUGCCCUCCAGCCCCCCUGAGAUCCCCUUCGUCUUCCCCCACACCCGCUCGCGGCCCCCCCUGCUCCCUGCCAUGCCCACCCUCCCUGAGGAGGAGGAGGACUCCCCUGAGGAGCAGGACAGCUCCUCCAGCUCCCCCAGCACGUACACACCAGAGAGCAGAGGGCAGGUCAUGACUGCCCCCACCAUCGUCUUCCCAAAACAGGCCACUGGAGUCCAACAAGAGGGCCGGCCCCUGGAACAGGCAAGACCACACAGUCCCAGAUCCCGCCUCUCCAGAAACUGUCCCUCCCCCAUCACCACAGUAGACAGCUCAGGACAGGUGCUAGACCUGGUGAAGGACCAGCUCCCAGAGCUGCAGCUGUCUGAGGAGGAGCGUCAGAAGAACCUGGAGCUGCUGGAGGAGGCCAGGAAGGUCAGCGACCGCUUCCUGACACGCCGCGGACGCAGGUCCACCUGCAGCCUCACAGAAUCCCCCACCGGUCUCUCUCCCAACCCGACGCCGUCCUCAUCGCCAGUGGCAUCUAGAAGCAGUUCCAUCAGCACCGCCCCGCAAAUCAGUGUGGGACCCGCAGAAGUGAACUACGCCAGCCAGCCUGUCAGUCCGCGUCUGGAGAUUCCUCUAGGGAGGGAGCAGGUGGACCCCGGAUCACCAGAGCAGGAGGGCACCAGGCGAUUGGUGGACUGGAAGCCCAAUGAGAAGCGGAAGGUGUCUUCCGGCACCCUGACCCCCCGCCACGCCGGCCCCUCCCCCACCAGGGAGCCCAGUGGGGGCCAGAAGGAGAACUGUGACCCCCGGGUAUCCAAGAAGAGCCCCCUUCCUGUGCUGGUUAACAAGCCGGAGGAGGGUCCGGUCCGAAACCCCAGCCAGACCCCGGCCACAGGCGUGGCCAAGCCCGUCCCCCGGCCCCCGACCCAGCAGGCCCCCUGCACGGCCGAGAUCAAGACCAUCGGGGCCUUUCCCCCUCUCAUGAGAGCCGUGUCCUGGGACACUGUGGGGACCCUCAACGCCCGCAACGGGGCGCCCAGUUUCUCCCCCAAGGCCGAGGAGACCUUCUCGUUCACGGACAAACCUCGGGAGGGCCCGCACAAGUCCUCGGGGUACAAGGACUUCCCCGCCCAGCCCGUCAACGUGCAGAAACUGUCCAAGCUGAGAGAGGAACAUAAGCUGAUACGAAAUCAAAGUGUGGGCUCCAAGCUGCCAGACCUGAGUGAAACAGCUGAACAGGAAAGAGGCCUGUCCCCCCUCCCCCCUCCAGGCUCCCCCUGUGAAGAGGAGACCAAGGAGAAGUCCGAUUCCAUGCCCAACAUCUCAGAUGUGAUGCUGAGGAAACUCAAACUUCACAGAGGUCUACCAGGCUGUGCACCUCCCCUCACAGAAAAAGAAGUCGAGAACGCGUUUGUUCAGCUGUCGCUGGCAUUCCGGAACGACAACUACACCCUGGAGACGCGUCUGAAGCAGGCGGAACGGGAGCGGAACCUGACGGAGGAAAACACAGAGAAGGAACUGGAAGAGUUCAAAGGCUCACUCAAGAUCACCGCCCCCCAGUGGCAGACUUCUGACCAGCGGGAUUCGUACCAGCGCCUCAUAGAGACCUUAGCUGUCCUGCACCGCCUGGCCACCCGACUGUCCAGCAGGGCGGAGAUAGUGGGGGCCGUGCGACAGGAGAAGCGUAUGAACAAGGCCACGGAGGUGAUGAUGCAGUACGUGGAGAACCUGAAGAGGACCUAUGAGAAGGAUCGCGCCGAGCUGACGGAGUUCAAGAAGCUGGCCAAUCAGAACUCCAGCCGUUGCUAUGGAGGGUCUAUAGACACUGGGGAUGAUGGAGUUCCACGCCCAUCCAGAUCCAUGUCUCUGACCCUGGGGAAGGCUUUGCCCAGGAGGAGGGUCAGUGUAGCCGUGGUCCCUAAAUUUAACCUCCUAAACAUCCCUGGUCAGACUCCCGUCAUUGCCGGCCCAGUCCCUACCCCUGCUUCUGGACCCAACCUUGGUCCUGGUCCUGGUUUUGGUUCUGGUCCUGGUUUUGGUUCUGGUCCUGGACAUAGCUUCGGAGCCAACCCUGGCUCUGGACUUCCUGUUCUCUGUGAGGCUAACGUUGUGAAAAGCAGCGCUCCCCCAGAGUUUGGACAGCCAGCCCGGGCUGAGAGUGGAAAGAUGGGUCCGGAGCAGGAAGGAGAGCCCUCCGCUGCAGCCAAGCUCCCUGUCAACCUCGACGACAUCAGGGCUGAGAUCAGGGCUGAGAUCAAGGCAAAGAUGGAGGAGGAGUUCUACAAAAAAGGUUACCAAGAGGGUCUGAAGCUAACUAAAGAGCUCAAGGAAGUGAAGGAGGAGGAAGAGGAAGUGGAAGACAAAGAGGAGGAGCCAGAAAAACUGAAAGAGGAAGACGGAAAGGAGCAAAAGAGUAGAAGUAAAGUGGAGGAGGUCCUGGUCGUGGUUGAUCGGCUUUGUCCAAAGAUAUUCCGGUGCAACCGUCUGCUAUGGAUUACCCUGUCACUGUUUCUGGUCCUGUUCCUGGUCGUCAACAUUUUUGCGUACUUCAGCGACCGCUACAACAGCCACGGGGACAUGUCAGCUGACAAAGCCAUGGCUCAAGGCAAGAAGAAGAUCUUUGGACUGAAUGUUGGAGUACAGCCAAAGAGCCCUCCUACAGAAUAACACCCCUCCACCCCUCCCCCAUCUAUCCUCUUCUUCCAAAGAUUCUUUCUCAUCAUGCUUGAAUACAGGAUUGUGACUAUCUAGGGUUCAAGGAUGUAGCUUUUUGGGAGUGUUUAUUUGGUUUAGCUUUUUAUCUUAUCAUCCACUUCAAGUCCUAUUUAUGCUGUUUUAGGAAGUCUGCCAGGUUGUUUGUGAUGGUGAGAAGCAUAGACAAUUAUUGUCUAAGUUUAGGGACCAAGUAUCGAGUGUGGUGAAAUACAUGUUCUUCUAUAGUCACAUCGGAUACAUGUCCAGUAUGCUUUGUUCUCAUGCGUUGAAUGUCAUCCUGAAAGAAUGAAUGUGGCCUCUGCGACUAUGAAUACUUUCGGUACCUUCAGAUAAACAAUGGUCACGAGGCAAGUGUACAUUUACAUUUAGUCAUUUAGCAGACGCUCUUAUCCAGAGCGACUUACAGUAGGUACAGGGACAUUCGCCCCGAGGCAA